AUGCUGCGUGUUAGUGAUAACAUGUCGCUUUCUGUAACAGAACCAACAGCGCUUGGUUUACCCUUCACCAGCGCUACGAUCCCUGCUAUCGCCCACCCCACCUCAACCACCCAUAUAUCGCCCAACCACUCCAUUCAUUCGGUUCCCAUCGCCAAGAGCUCGCAGUCUUUCUCCUCCUCCUCCAGCAGCAGCAGCGCCGUGUUCAUGCACCUCUUCGCAGGCUCCGGGACCGCACUCUCACUCCUCUUCCUCUUUGGAAUAUACCACCUCCUACAACAUGCCCUCGCCGCGUGCCGCCGCCGCCUUGGCCAUCGCCAUUAUCACCGCUCGGCGACCCAGCGCACGAGUAUAAAUGACCUGAAAAAGAGGAUGCAGAUGUACGGUCGUCUCGCGAGCCCUGUCCCUUUCCCUGUGAAUGUGGAUGUGGCUGGUGAGCAGCGCGGUGAUCAUGAUAGCCGUGACGCAGGUGCGGACGAUCGGGAGCGUGAGCGGGGGCGGGACUUGUCUAGUGCUAGUGUCGAAGAUAGGGAACAACAAAGUUCAGCGCAUGAGGACCGCGAUGAGGAUAUCGAGGCUCAGGCCGGCAUGCGCAGCGCGUUCGCGUAUGCGGGUGGCGUUGAAAAUGGAGGCGGGGGCGGGGGCGCCGCCGCCGCUGCCGCGCUGCAGGUAUGCAUAUACCGCCUCGAGGCGCGCGUGCGGCACCUCGAACGCGUGCUCCACGAAAGCGCCGGCGGUGCCAAUACCAGUACCAGUACCAGUACCAGUACCAGUACCACUGCGAAUGCGAGUGCGAGUGCGAGUGCGAAUAGGAAUACGAGUGCGAGUGAGAUGCGCCCGGGAUCAGUGGCGAUUGCGGUGCAUGCGCGGGCUGCGACGCCAAUUCAACGUUUUAUUGGCAUGGACGCGGACGCGGGUGCGGGAGGGGCACCGCAAAUGGAUGCAAGGACGCGUGCAGGCGCUAGCGCUGGGUUUGGCGCUGGAACUUUCGAGUCUGCUUCUGCUACUGCUUCUGCUACUGCUGCUCCUUCAACUUCAACUUCAACUUCAAGUUCCAUGACACGCGUACCCUCAAUUUCACACGCACAAGAGAAUACUAGCAACGCGCGAAGUGCCGCAGAAGAAACAGCACCCGCACCCGUACCAGCACCAGCACCAGCACCAGCACCAGCACCAGCACCAGCACCAUCACCAUCACCGUCCCCAUCUCCAGAGCCACCAACAGCAAACGCAAGCGCUCUGAGCUACACUGCCGUGACCCAUACGCGCCAUGUGUCCACCGCAGAGAGUGUAGACUCACACUCCAUCGGCAGGCGCAGCUCCCCGCCGGAGUACCGCUCGCGAGAGGGGUCGGUCAUAACUGCGCGGAGUUUCGUUGGUGUUGAGGGGAGGCCGCCUUCGUCCAGUCACGGAUGGACAGUGUAA